GGCGCUCUCGUCGUGACAUCACAGAAAACAUGGCAAAGGCAGAAAUCGACACAAGUCCACAGCACUGCUCCGUCUGCCUGGACACAAUUCAGGACGAGAAGACGCUCAAGUGUCUCCACUCUUUCUGCUCUCAGUGCAUUGAGUCGGUUUUCAGGGUCAAGCCUGCGUGUCCAAUAUGCAACACCUACCACGGCGUUUACACGGGCACGCAGCCGGAGGGCACGAUGACGGUGACGCGCAACUGGCAGUGUCUUCCUGGCUACGAGCACUGCGGAUGUAUGAUCAUCCUCUACAGUUUCCCAGCAGGAACACAAGGGCCUGAGCACCCAAAUCCUGGAGCGAGGUACAACGGCACCUCUCGAACUGCCUACCUGCCAGCCUGUGAGGAGGGAGAGAAAGUCGUGAAUCUGUUGAGAAAAGCCUUCGACCGGAGACUCGUCUUCACUAUCGGUCAGUCUGCCACCACAGGCCUCAACAACGUUAUCACCUGGAACGAUAUUCAUCACAAGACCAACAUGAAAGGUGGCCCACAAUGUUUUGGAUAUCCAGAUCCAGAAUAUUUGUCCAGGGUUCAAGAGGAGCUUCGUAUUAAAGGAGUCACAGAGGACGACGAAUGAAUGAAGACAUUGGCCAAAUAGAUUUAAUAAUGUGUAUUGCAACACAGGCUACUCUUGCCUUUGCAGCAAGAAGACCUGAAACAUGCAGAUUUGGGGAUUAGG